AUGGCGACGUUGACUGCUUCUGUCCAUGCGACUCAGGAGGUGACUAGCAAACUCGAGUUGAAGAUGGCCGACGCGAAGAACGAGACGGACCAGAGGUUCGAGGCGCUCGGGGCUCAACUUCUCCUCCUUCAGUCUCGCAAUGUCCUUACCGAAGACGUCUACGGUGGCAUGGCGGACGGUAAUUCCAGCGGCAUGGUGGAUGGUACUUCCAUCGGUCUGGUUGCCGAUGGUAUCAACUUCAUUGGGGAAAAGCUCACCGAGGAGGCGUCGGCGCAGGCAUCUGCAUCAGCUGCAGCAUCUACUGCGGCUAGGAGUCGCAACAUCCAGGCCUCAAAAGUGAUCGAGUCCGCCAACGAGCAGGGCGCCAACAACUUCUAUGACCAAUUCCGUGCGCAGCCGCCUCAAUGGCGCGAUUUGCGCACCAAUUCUCUUGACAAGUUUUGGGUUGGACGCGACCUGCCGGUCGAUGGUCGCAAGCGGAGUUGCGCCAUCAGCAAGUGCUCUACCAUUUGCAAUGUUGCGCUCGUCAGCCAGCAGGCGUGGAAGCCAGAGACGAAGAUCGCUUGCAAUCCGUACCAGGAGUCAGGCAUCCCGCCGGAGCCUGCUGAGACUCUGCCAGGCCUGGCCCAGGCGCUGCUCCAGUGCCUUCGCUCGCUGCCGCUGCUGAGUCAGUAUUUCGACGUCUCAGGCAUGCGCUUCUUUGACUUUGCGGGGCUCCACAGCUGCGACGGCGAGAGCAUUGCCGCUGCAGUUGCCCAUCUUUCUCCGCUCGCGUUCAAUCUCGGAAUGAUAGCGGGGCUUCGUUGGGCGAUCCCCGUUGGAGUCUUGGCCAACAGCGACCGCAUCUACCUGCCCGUCAAUGCGAGGUCGGUCGAGGCGGGAGAGAUUGAUCAUGUGAUCGCCCCUCCCCUGAGCGACGCCGGGCUCAAGCCUUUACUUCUCGUGCAUGGCAUCGCUGGCGCCACCUUCAUUUUCUUGCGCGCCCACAGGAAAUGGGGAAAUGGGAAGUUCCCAGGCAGCGGCGCCCUGUCCAUGGCGGAGGUCGAGCUGGCCCUGCGGGUCUUCAUCUCCAGGCCUCCGACGGAGCCCGAGCUGAUCGACGUCUUCGCGUCGAUCGACACGGACUUCGACGGCACCGUGCAGUUCUCCGAGUUCCUGCAGCUCAUGUCGCUGGUGCAGGCGCGGAAGGAUACGUACAGCCGCCGUGGGCAGCUCAGCGGUUUCGCGAUGCUCAGUGAUGGGUGUUCGUGGCAGGUGCUUCGCUUCGGAUCUGGCCCCCGCUAG